UUACUUUGCAAACUCAAUCCAACAACAGUGAUAACCUUUUUGCAAAAUUAUUGUCGUUUCCGGCCCCCAAUUUGGAAUUUAAAAAACGUUAUUUUCUUUUGGUUGGCACCCAUGAACUUGUUGCGCUGACGCAGUAAUUUAAAACCGAAAAUGUUUGAAUUAACCUCACUUUUUCAUUUCUAAUUUCCAUUGUUUAAGUUAAUUAAAAUAAACAUGACACAGAUUGUUAAAAGCAAAAUCGACCAGGCUUGUCGGGUGGCUGAAGAGUUCACAAAACUGUAUUACGAAACGUCGGACAAACGCCGCCACUUGAUGUCUAAAUUGUACUUGGAUUCGGGUCUCUUGGCUUGGAACGGUAAUGGAGUCAGUGGUAAUGAGCGAAUCCAGAAGUUUUUCAUCGACUUGCCCACUUCUGACCACAUAAUUAACACUCUUGACGCCCAACCUGUCUUGGACUCGGCCGUCAAUGGGCAACUCACGUUCAUGAUUCAAGUCAGUGGCACAGUUAGGUACCAAGACAGGAUCCCCAAAUCCUUCCAGCAGAAUUUCAUAAUCACGGCACAAGGAGACAAGUGGAAAAUCGUGAGCGACUGUUUCCGCCUCCAGGAACCCCUAACCAACGACAACAAAUAAGUUGAAAGUCCAUUUAUUCCGUUUCAUAAAAACAACAGGUAUAAAAUCCUUAAGCUACAUUGAUAUUAAAAGCAAAGCGUAACAACCAGAUUAAUAUGUACAAAUAAAUAAAUGAGCAAAUUAAACAAAUUUCAGUC